UGGUGAUCAUGCAUGUAUGAGCUUACUUCACUUCAUAUGUACAGAUGCACAAUCGAGUUUCGCCUUUAAAAAAUCCAAUUUCGAUGUAUUCCAGGAGAUGAUCAUUCAUUUGAUUUCUUUGAGUGUGUGUUGAUGAUUUUGGAUGUGAAGAUAGGUGAGUGAAAUUCUUGUGAUCCGCCAGGAUUGGCGUCGUUUAUUUCUGUGGAAUUUAUCGUCAGAAAUUGAAAAAAAUUAAACAGCCAAAACCCUGCCAAACAAAAUGUCUCCCCAUCCGUACCCAUCUAUGGCUGACCUACGUGUCGUGGUACUUUUCGUUUCGGCGCUGCUGUGUGCCUAUUCUGCAUCGGCGGACGACGAAACGAAACGAUUGUGGAACUGCCACGACAAAGGGAUUAACGACAGAACCGACAUGGCCAUGGUUGUCGUGUCGGGCACCGUCAAGAAACUCAUGUCGGACGAGCUCCACUCCACCAACGAAAUCCGCAUGUUUCGGGGAGAGGUGGAGAUCAAACGAAUCUUCAAAGGCGGCCAGGUGGUGGAUACCUUGGCAACCAUAACGCCUGGUCUGCUCCGUCAGCACAAGAUGGUGAUGGUGGAGGGGUUCGGCGACCCAGAGAUCUGCGACAAUGUGGUCAAGGAGAGGGAUACCAAGAUCUUCAUGCUCAGCCCGAACGGCAACGGCGAGCUGAAGCUCAACUCUUCCGUCGUGCCUCUCACGCUGCACAAUUUGGACUACGUGGAUUCUGUCGUGAAUC